AUGAAUUUAUUUCUUCGUCGUUUAAUCGUUACUACCCCAAAAUGCUCGUCGUUUUUCUUACGGCGUCAUGUAGCUCAUUUUACAUUUUUCAAAGAUCAACCUGAUCCAUCUUAUGGUCCUACUAAAGAAAUGAAUCUAUGUCAAACAAUCCAAAAUACACUUGAUAUUACACUUGGCAAUGAUCAUACCGCUAUUAUAUUUGGUGAAGAUGUUGCUUUCGGUGGUGUUUUUCGAUGUACAACAGAAUUAAGAUCGAAAUAUGGUGCUGAUCGUGUGUUCAAUACACCACUAUGUGAACAAGGUAUUAUCGGGUUUGGAAUAGGUGCCGCUGUCGCUGGAACAACAGCUAUUGCUGAAAUACAAUUUGCUGAUUAUAUUUUCCCCGCUUAUGAUCAAAUUGUAAAUGAAGCAUCAAAGUAUCGAUAUCGCUCACAGAAUUUAUUUAAUUGUGGUAAAUUAACUAUUCGUUCACCAUGGGGCGCUGUAGGACAUGGUGCACUAUAUCAUUCACAAUCGCCUGAAGCACAAUUUAUGCAUACACCUGGUCUUAAAGUUGUCAUUCCACGUGGUGCUAUUGAAGCUAAAGGUUUACUUUUAUCAUGUAUUAAAGAUGAUAAUCCAUGUAUAUUCUUUGAACCAAAAAUACUUUAUCGAUCAGCUAAAGAAGAUGUUCCUAUAAAAGAAUAUACAAUUCCAUUAUCAAAAGCUCAAAUAAUACAUGAAGGAUCUGAUGUAACACUUGUUUCAUGGGGUACACAAGUUCACGUACUUCGAGAAGUUGCACAAAUGGCGGCAAAAGAAAAUAUAUCAUGUGAAUUAAUUGAUUUACGAACUAUUUUACCAUGGGAUGUGGAUACAAUUUGUCAAUCAGUUAGUAAAACUGGGAGAUUAUUAAUAAGUCAUGAAGCACCCAUAACUGGUGGAGUUGGAGCAGAAAUAGCGGCAACAGUUUCUAAAGAAUGUUUCUUAAAUCUCGAAGCACCAAUAGAACGUGUUUGUGGUUAUGAUAUUCAUCCAAUUCCACAUGUUGAUAUUCCACUUGUGAUAUUCCUCGUUUUUCAAUUGAUCUUCAUCCAAUCGGUCGAUGUUUCUAUUGAUGUUGCUGAAAUAAUUGCUACUCGAUUAGAUAAUCAUAUUCCUCAACCAUAUCAUGAUGAAUUCUAUUCAAUAGUUCGAGCAAUACCAAUGCCAUUAGCUGAUAUUGUUCCUAUUAAUCUUGUUUAUGAACUUCGUACCUAUUGUACAAGUUUACUUGUUCGUACAAUAAAUAAUACUAUUAUACACGGUCGAAAUCUUGAUUUUGAUUUUAAUACAGAUUUACUUCGUCCUGGUUUAAUUGGUUUAUUAACUAGUUUACGUCAAGGUUAUUUUAGUUUACGUAUUAAUCAAUGA